AUGGGCUUCAAGGAGGAGGUGGCCGAGAUUGUGCGGCUCGCCCCCAAGAAGCGCCAGACCAUGCUCUUCUCGGCCACCUUCAGCGAACAGGUGCGCGACCUCAUGGCCCUCAGCCUGAAGCAGCCCGUGCGGCUAGCGGCCGACGCGGCGGCGGCGGCGCCCAAGAGCCUGGUGCAGGAGGUCGUCCGGCUCAAGGGCAGCCAGGUGUCCCAGAAGGAGGCUGUUCUCCUGGCCCUCUGCGCGCGCUCCUUUUCCCAGGGCCGCACCAUCGUGUUCACCGCCACCAAGCAGAAGGCGCACAGGCUCAAGAUCCUCUUCGGCCUCUGCAAGCUGCCGCCGGCGGGCGUGGGUUGA